ACAACUGUCAAAAAGACGACAAAAAAUCCAAACAAAAAUUGAUUUUUGUUUUCUUUUAAAUAAAAAAGUAUUAUUUUGUUUAAAAAUGUGUAGUUCUUGAAAUAAAUAGUAAUUAUAUAUUGUUCAUACAAAAUACACACUUAUUUCUUCAAACAAACAUGGGUCGAAUACGGUGGCGCUUUCGAGGAAUUCCUAAAUUCUUGAUAUCUAGCUUUAAAAAUCGUUGGAAUUAUAUAAAAACAUGCCUACAUUCCUUGACUUACAAUCAUCACAUGAAUGCCAGCUAUGCCAGUGAUGUUUUGAUGGAACCAGUAUUUUGGUUCGUUGACAAUUACACUUAUUUAUUAGGACCGUUCUUUGUCGUGGGAGUGGCCAUACUUACUUCUGCUGUUGUGUACAUUUCCUAUUGGAUUGGGCUUCCAUUUUGGUGGGAGAGAAGCCAGAAUUUUUCGAUUGCAAUUGUCAUAGUUGGCAAUUGGCUCCUGGUUAAUGUUAUAUUUCACUACGUUAUGGCGGUUAUAACUCCAGCCGGAAAUCCUCCAGAGGAUUCCGUCUUGGUAGAGUCAGUUAGCAUGUGUAAAAAGUGUAUUGCGCCUAAACCUCCUAGAGCCCAUCACUGCUCGGUGUGUAGGAAAUGCGUUUUAAAAAUGGAUCAUCACUGUCCCUGGUUAAACAAUUGCGUCGGAUACGCAAAUCAUCGGUAUUUCUUCUUGUACAUGGUCUACACAACAAUUGGCUGUUUAUUCAUAAUCAUACUCGGUCUAGAAAUUGGAUACAAGUACUUGUGGCUGGAGCAAGAGGAAAGUUGGUCAGAAGUCGAGCCCCUGCUUGGCCAGCCUGUGAAGUUCAAUUUAAGUGGUCACAUUAUUCCAGUCACACACAUAAGUGAAUACGAUGAUAGUAUUGAUGGAUUGCGACCAGCCCAACAUAUUCUGCCCACACCUCCGCCAAGCACCGCCAAUGGCUUGAGUAAAAGACGUGCGGUAAUAUUUAUGGCAUUUAUCAAUGUUGCAGUAGUAAUUGCGUUGGGUUCUCUUACCAUUUGGCAUGCGAAAUUAGUUACAAACGGAGAAACAAGCAUCGAAUCGCACAUAAAUCAAUCGGAAAGGAAGCGUUUUUUGAAGGAAAACAAAAUCUAUGUGAACCCGUAUGAUUUUGGUACGAAGAAGAAUUGGAAACUAUUUCUUGGUCUUGUUAGAGGAAGGUCUUUCUGGAAGAAUGUCCUUUUGCCUUCUAUACAUAAGCCUGAAGGUAAUGGUUUAGCAUUUCAUACUGUUAAAGACGAAUUUCUAUUACACGAUGAAUGGCCAUAAGUUUAGUUUGUGAAAUCUCAACUAGUCAAUUUUAAUUCCUUACAAUUUUUACAUUUUGACUUAGAAUUAAUUUAUUUAAGAAAAUACCAAAUUAAAAAUUAAGAAAAUAAACAAAGUUUUUUGUUCUAAAA